AUGAGCGGCAAUAACCAUGACAAUAACCUCUUCGAUAGCGACAAUGGCGAAGAAGAUGAUAUGGACUACGAGCCGUCCGAAAGUAUAGCUCAAGAAAGCCGUGAAGGCACCGCAGCUACGGAGUCCUCCAUAGACUUCCUAGGUUUUGACGACGAGGCUUCUGCUCAGAGAGGAUUGGAAACUAUACAAGCUCUCCUCCAACAAGUCAUCAGCCAUCACACCAAUGGGGGAAAUGAAGGCGAUGGGGAGGAGGGAGAAAGCGGACCCGGAAUCGUAGAGCUCGUCCUAGAUGAUGACGUAUGGAAUGACAGCGACGAGGACCACCAAGAAGUGUUCACGAUCGUAAACAACACAUUCCGCGUCAGAUUACCACAUUCUCGUAGACGUCGACGGGGUACUAGAGAUAUGGCGCUGGAAAAUUUGGAACCGAUUCCAAGCGAGGAGGGCCGGAAGUUAAUGGCUAGCGGGGAUUUUGGAUACUACGAAUUCAAGCGUAUGUCGCCCAAAAAAAGGAGACGAAGUUCUGGAGCUUCAGUACAGUCUCCAACUACUCCUCGUUCUCCCGAAGAAAGCUGCGCGUUAGGAGGUGCAAGCUCUCCUACAAUCCCUCGGUCACCAAUACCCGGUUCCCAAUCCCCCUCUGAACAAGCGAAGCAAUUCGAGGAAUCAAUAUGUAAACGUCAAAAGAUAUUACUAGGCAAGCGCUUGCUCGUCAGAGAAAUGGGAUCUUAUACGGGGGAGCCAGCCAGGAUGAUUGAUUCACUAGUCGCCCAAUCCCUCAUUCCUACAAGUACGGAGAAAGUCCUACACUUUGAAAAUCGAUGUUAUUCGGGUCAAUUCUCUGAAGAUGGUGACUUCUUUUACUGUUGCUCUCAGGAUAUGGUGGUCCGCAUGUACGACACUCGAAAUCCGUAUGACUGGAAAUAUUACAAAAAGGCAGAGUACCCCGGGGGCCAUUGGACUAUCACAGAUGCGUCAUUAAGCCCAGAUAAUCGACAACUAGCAUAUAGUAGUUUAGAUUCCACAGUGUAUAUGGCUAACACGCAAGCCCACGAGGAAGAAGAGAACGGGCUUACAGUGCUCGAUUUUUCGGAAGGGCCAAGGCAGUACGCCAUGAGAAACGGGACACCGAUAUGGUCAAUCAGAUUUUCGGGUGACGGCCGGGAACUAAUAGCAGGCGCUAAAGAUGAUUCUCUCUAUGUCUAUGAUAUUGAAAGGCAAAAAUCCAUCCUAAAACUCACGGGACACGAGAAUGAUGUGAAUGCUGUUUGUUAUGGUGACAAGUCGUCUCCUCAUAUCCUAUUUUCCGGAUCUGAUGACUGCACAAUCAAGAUCUGGGAUAGAAGGAGUAUGGCGUCCGGACGAGAAGCUGGAGCGUUCCUCGGCCACAUGGAAGGGUUGACUUAUAUCGACUCGAAAGGUGAUGGAAGAUACGUUCUGAGUAACGCAAAGGACCAGACAAUGAAACUUUGGGAUAUCAGGAAAAUGACCGAUCGCUCAACUUACGAAGGAACUCGAAUUAGAAACUAUUCUAGCAGCCACUUUGAUUACAGAUUCGAAACAUACGACUACCACCCAAUUCGUAAACACCCCGGCGACAACUCGAUCGUCACCUUCCGCGGCCAUCGAGUCCUCAAAACACUCAUCCGCUGCCACUUCUCCCCUCCAAACUCUUCAGGCAGCAGAUACGUUUUCAGUGGUUCUGAAGACGGACGAGUAUUCAUCUAUAACCUUGACGCAACCAUUGCUGCUGUCAUAGACGUUCAACAGGGAACAUUCGAUUCUCGUCCUCAGCCGGCUUAUAACUGGCGUGGAUUUGGGUUGUCAAGAGCAAGACCUAAGUGGGAUACCUGUACAAGGGAUGUUUCAUGGCACCCGGAUGCACCGGUGAUCGUUAGUACUUCGUGGAACGGAUACGGGUCUAGUUCAGGAAGCGUAGCAAUUCACGGCUGGGACGGCAAAAUUCGCGGAGAGGGAAUGACAAGAGAUGAUUUUGGGUACUGGAAUAAGACACGGAGGGGUCUGAGAGAUCUUAAUACUGAAGAGGAGGAGAGAUCCGAAAGCCCAACAAGGACAGAUGAACAACUACGACCGCUUCUAGGGAAUGAAAGAGAUUCACGACAUACGUUUGAGUAUGAGUAG